GCAGCAACUCGGCGCCCGCGGUCCAUGGACCGGAACCCCGGGCCGACGGGCAGGAACCCGGGCCGCUUUCGCCGCCUCCCCUCCCCAGACUCCUCCUCCUCGCUCUCCACCGCCUCCUCCGGACGCCCGCAGGACGCGCACCGCCGCCUCCGGGCUCGCGGAGCCACCCCAGGAGGCUGGGCGGCGGGUUCGCGGCUGUCGGAGGACUGAGGCCUACUCCGCCGCCUCUCAGUGCUAUUGUCCCUGGGCCGGGUCCUGACCAGGUCCACUGGGGAGGGCCGAGUGCGCCGGCUCCGCGGAAGAUGCCGGACCAAGCCCUACAGCAGAUGCUGGACAGAAGUUGCUGGGUGUGUUUUGCCACUGAUGAAGACGAUAGAACAGCUGAAUGGGUGAGACCAUGCAGGUGCAGAGGAUCUACAAAAUGGGUUCACCAGGCUUGUCUGCAGCGCUGGGUAGAUGAAAAACAAAGAGGAAACAGUACAGCCAGAGUGGCAUGUCCUCAGUGCAAUGCUGAAUACUUAAUAGUUUUUCCAAAGUUGGGUCCAGUUGUUUACGUCUUGGAUCUUGCGGAUAGACUGAUCUCAAAAGCUUGUCCAUUUGCUGCAGCAGGAAUAAUGGUUGGCUCUAUCUAUUGGACAGCUGUGACUUAUGGAGCAGUGACAGUGAUGCAGGUUGUAGGCCAUAAAGAAGGUUUGGAUGUUAUGGAGAGAGCUGAUCCUUUGUUCCUUUUAAUUGGACUUCCUACUAUUCCUGUCAUGCUGAUAUUAGGCAAGAUGAUACGCUGGGAAGACUACGUGCUUAGACUAUGGCGCAAAUACUCAAAUAAACUACAAAUUUUGAACAGUAUAUUUCCAGGCAUUGGUUGUCCUGUUCCUCGAAUUCCAGCUGAGGCUAAUCCUUUAGCAGAUCAUGUCUCUGCCACCCGAAUUUUGUGUGGAGCCCUUGUCUUUCCUACUAUUGCGACAAUAGUUGGUAAACUGAUGUUCAGUAGUGUUAACUCUAAUUUACAAAGGACAAUCUUGGGUGGAAUUGCUUUUGUUGCCAUAAAAGGAGCAUUCAAGGUUUACUUCAAACAACAGCAAUAUUUACGUCAGGCACAUCGCAAAAUUCUAAAUUAUCCAGAGCAAGAAGAAGCAUAAAACUGUGACUUCUAGUUGUUCUGCAGUCCUCUCAUCCUUAUGAGUCUGUUGUGUUGUUCUGAUUCCAUCAUUAAUGCACAGUAGUGGAGACUUAUGAUAAGCUGCUGCUCAUAUUUUUAAGAAAUAUAAUAAAGCACUUAGGGCAGGGGAAAUCCUCUCAGUAAUCACGGAACCUGAAGUUGUGAUUUGUUUUCAUUGUUUUGUAUGUAAUUCUUUUAUGGCAGUCAUCUGAACCAUUAUCUUAGCAUGGUAAACCUGGAUUUUGUUCAUAUUUUCUCCAAAUAGAAAUGUAAAGAUCAAACUGUGCAAAUAUUUAAAAAUGCACAUGCUGUUUAAUUCAAAUGCCUCUUUUGUACAUGUUCAUGUUCAGUGUUUUCUUAGAAUCAGCAACUCAAUGAAGGUACUAUGAGGAUUUUUUUUCACUGACAUAAUUUGAUUACAUGCUAAAUAGGAGUAUAUGUUAAUAUGAGGAAAUGUAAAUUAGUUAUAAAAAAUAACAAACCAAAAAUGUAUGUAAACAUUCAAAUGAUUAUCUGAACAAAUGAGAUUUCGUUGUGUUUUUCUUAACCCAUGUGACAUCCUCUAAUGUGUAGGGUAAAAAUUCACAGGGCUUCCAAAUCACUUUUUCACUAUUAAAUUUUAUUUAUAUAAUAUUGA